ACGGGAGGGAGAGAGAGGAGAGAGUGGGACAGCCGUGGGAGAUCAGCCAAGGAGUAGGGAGCCCCCAGGAUGCCUCGCCAUCGCCGGAGAGCCGCCCGUUCGUCGCCGUUCGCCGCCGUAUUCCCCGGAAUCCAGAUUCCAAACACACGGAAGCAUCCUUCGUUGGAGCAUCGACUGUCUUUCAUUUCUGCGUGUGAUUGGGUACGAGGAAAGGAAGACCCAGUUCAAGGUUUCAACUGAUCGUUUCUGGGCUUUGAAUGAUUUGAGUUCUUGAGCGGACGUUGGGUAAAGCCGUUUGUGGGUGGUUUCUCCGUCAGCUUCAUCGUGGGAAGAAGAGUUUCUUGAUCGAGUCGUGUUUGACUUGCCCUCUCGGGAGGCAGAGAAGGGUAGUCACUCAACGCUCGAUCAAGAAGACGAAGACGAAGACGAAGGAGAAGGAGAAGGAGAAAUUCCAUGGCUUCGUUCUCCUCCAGUAAUGACCAGGAAGAUCAGGUUUUGGUGGAGGAGAAGUCGUUUGCCAGGACGCUGAUAAUGAACAGACCCAAGCAGCUGAAUGCUGCUACGGACUAUAUGAUAUCUCGGUUUUGGGAACUUUUCCUUCUUUAUGAGAAGAAUUCUAAUGUGAAGUUGGUAAUCAUAAAGGGAAAAGGGAGAGCUUUUUGUGCUGGUGGUGAUGUUGCAGCUGUUGUUCGUGAUAUCAACAAUGGAAAAUGGGAGUCAGCUGCAAUCUUCUUUCGGAGGGAGUACACUUUAAAUUAUCUGAUGGCAACAUACAGUAAACCUCAGGUUUCAAUCUUGAAUGGCAUUGUCAUGGGAGGAGGGGCUGGUUGUUCCAUACAUGGUAGUUUUCGCGUGGCAACAGAAAAUUCGGUUUUUGCUAUGCCUGAAACAGCUCUGGGUCUCUUUCCAGACGUAGGUGCCUCAUAUUUCCUGUCAAGGCUCCCAGGACAUUUUGGGGAAUAUCUUGGUCUUACUGGUGCUAGAUUGGAUGGAGCAGAGAUGCUUGCAUGUGGCCUUGCAACUCAUUUUGUUCCCUCAGCGAAAUUGCCAUCACUCGAAGCAGCUCUACACACAGUAGAUUCUAGCGAUCAAGCUGUAAUUUCAGCAAUCAUUGGUGAAUACUCUGAGCUGCCUAUGUUGAAAGAGCAGAGUGCAUACCAUCGGUUGGAUGUCAUCAAUAGGUGCUUCUCACGAAGAACAGUGGAAGACAUUCUAUCUGCUCUUGAGCGAGAAGCCACAAAUAAGGUAGAUGGUUGGAUACUUGCCUCGAUUCAGUCAUUAAAGAAAGCAUCACCAACAAGCCUUAAAAUUUCUCUUAGAUCGAUAAGAGAGGGUCGACUACAAGGAGUUGGGCAGUGCCUUGUACGAGAAUACAGAAUGGUUUGCCACGUAAUACGAGGCGAAGUCAGCAAGGACUUUGUUGAGGGCUGCAGAGCCAUACUCGUGGAUAAGGAUAGGAACCCGAAGUGGGAGCCUCCUAGAUUGGAGCUUCUCAGUGACAAGAUGGUAGACAAGUAUUUCUCGAAGGUGGAUGAUGAAGACUGGGAGGAUCUAAAGCUGCCCCCUAGAUCGAACUUGCCUGCAUCUGCUAUGGCAAAGCUGUAACUCUCAGUAUGGCAGAUUUUUACUGUCAAUUAAUUCGGUGGUGCCAUUAGGACUAAGCUGCAUGACGCGGAAUAACUAUCAAGAUAAUGAGGUAUGGAAUAAGCUGUCGCUACAACGAACUUUAGACAUGAUCGGACAUGAGGUCAAUGGCUGAAGAUAGACGACUGAACAUUUAAGUCAAACAAUUCUUGCAUUGUACAUCUAGAGCAAUUGCUCCAUUCAUCAAUGAGUGACUUGUGACUCAUUAAUCUUAUUGCAGCUCUUGUAUAUGAUCUUGGUAAAUUAAUCUUCUUAAGAACUAAAAUCA